AUGAUCGAAACAAUCAAAAUCGAAACAACCUCUCUCUCUUCCUCCUCCCCCGCCUUGUCGCCCCAUUCGCCAGAUUGGUUGGUUGAGUCCGCUCCCUCUGGCAGCCUGGAAUGUUCGUUCUAUUUUCGACAAUCCGAGGAGCAACCAAUUGGAACGGAGGACGGCGCUGGUGGCUUGGGAACUGGCGGGAUUGAAGGCGGACAUCGCUGCAACCAGCGGGACCUGGUUCUCCGAGCAAUGCUAACUGGAGGAGGCGGGUGCAGGCUACACCUUCUUCUGGAGCGGUCGCCUCAAGGCAGAACGACAGGACGAUGUUGUCACCUUUGCCAUCCGGGACGACAUCGUGGGACGACUGCCCAGUCUGCCGCAGGGCAUAAACGGUCGCCAGAUAAUCCCUUAACUGUCUCUCCGGGGAGGAAAAUUCUCCACCAUCAUCGGCGUCUGCGCUGCCCCGAGGCCGGCCCCCACGCCGCAAGGGAUAAAUUUUACGAGGGCAUGCACGCCCUCCUGUCGAUGGCGGAUAAUUUGAUAGUCCUUGGUGACUUCAACCUCCGCGUCGGCACAGACCACGCUGCUUGGAGAGGAGUGCCGGGUACCCAUUGUCUCAACGGCUCUAAUUACAAUGGCCUGCUGCUUCUACGAACCUGCGCAGAACACAGGCUCAUCCUGACCAACAACAACUUCCGCCUCCCGAUGCGAGAGAAGGCAACCUGGAUGCAACCUCGGUCGCGACAGUGGCACCAGCUGGGCUAUGUCCUCGUCCGGAGGUGGGCCCAACGGGACGCUGGUGACAAAGGAGAUCGCGGGUGACGACGGGUGGACCGACCAUCGCCUCUUCAUCUCGAAUUUGUGGAUUCGCCCACAGCCUUAAGUUUGGCGACCCGAGGUAAAGGAAAUAUUGCCUUGUUGUCUUUGUCUGCUCACCAUCUCCAUUUCAGCAACGAGCUAACUUAACGGCUAACAAAUCGUACGGAAGCCGUUGUCGCCGCCACCGACGAGAACGCCGCGGUGGAGGACCGCUGGUGUCAGCGGCGGGACACAGUCCAGUCGACGACGCUGGCCGUCCGCGGUCACGCACGCCGCCAACAUCAGGACUGGCUCGAUAACAAUGACGUCGCCAUCAGCAAUCUGCUCGCCGAGAGGAACCGCUGGCAGAAAGUCUACGCUGACCGCCACACCGACGACAACGGAGCCCCUGUAUACCGCAGUGGUCGCCCUGUACAACAGCGGCUGCGCGAGGUGCAGGACGCUUGGAGGACUCGCAAGUCCGAGAAGAUCCAGGGGCACGCGGACCGCAACGAAUGGAAGAACUUCUUCUCCGCGAUCAAAGCCGUCUACGGUCCGCCGACCAAAGGUACUGCACAUCUUCUCAGCACCGACGGUAUUAUCCUACUCACUGAGAAGACACAAAAUAUACAGCGACGAGCCUAGUACUUCAGAGGCGUCCUCAACCGCCCCCUAACCAUCUUCGACGUCGCUGUAGCGACAUUUAAGUCCGUUUUGUUUUAAUCAGUUACAAUACGCUUUUUAAUGAACUUGACACAACUCUGAACGAGACAAAGAACUAGCACGUGCAUUUUUACCUGCUGACGACUUUGUUCUUAUUUACUAGUUUGUAACUGUUUGGAUACUUCUAUCUUCGUUUCCCGGAUAGCCUACAUACUGUGCCCAACUAAUGGGUUUAUCACUUACACCGCUAUCACCCGUCUGCCUCAAUUGGAGACCAAUGUCGACCCCGACCUCUCGCCCUCUCCCCACGAAAACAUCAGGGUCGUGCAAAAGUUCUACAACGAGAAAGCGCCCAGAUCGGACGCGAUCCCUGAUGAGAUCUACAAGCACGGUGGCCACCACCUUACGGAUCAUUUGACGGUGCUCUUCCAGGAGAUGUGGCGUCAAAGAGAAGUCCCCCAGGAUUUCAAGGACGCCGCAAUCGUGAAUCACUAUAAACGGAAAGGUAACAGCCAGCUCUGCGACAAGCACCAAGGAACCUUUCUGCUGAACAUCGUCGGGAAUAUCUUCGCUCGCAUCCUCCUCAAUCGUCUGAACAAUCAUCUGGAACAGGGUCUCCUGCCGGAAAGCCAGUGA